GAAUGAGAGAAAUCUUUUGGAGGUGUUGCGAAAUAGACGAGAGUAAACUACAGAGUAAGAAUACAUCAUCACGACCUUCAACGGCAAUUAUCGUCUUCUGCUUCUACCCAAGAAAAUGCGUUUCGUCCGGUAUCACAAAAUCUACGACCGAGCGCCAGCUGGGAAAGAUGCGCAGCCAAGUGGAUCGUCUUCUUAUGACACCUCUACAACGGCUCAAUCGGAAUGGAUAGUCCAGGAGAAAAUACAUGGUGCGAACUUCUCUAUCCACGUGACCGAGUCCGAUAUCCGUUAUGCCAAAAGAGGAGCCUUUCUGGAUUUCGAUCAGGACUGUUUCAACGACUUCCAACGACUGGACGAUGUACUGCGUCCUGCAGCAAGAAAGUUGUGGCAAACGUCACAGAUAUCGACGGCGCCUGACCAGCCUCCAGCAACGAAGCGAGCCUGUAAACAAGCGAGCGCCGCAUCGUGUGGCGAAGCGUUCAUUAUGAAAGUGGCGAUAGCUCUUCGCCUGGUGCAUAGCGCUUGCUAGUCUUGGCCUACAUUUGAUCAAGGCCGGAUAGGUGUACAAUUCAGCGACUUUCACGUAACUUUGUUGUAUGGUGAAUCGAGCAUCAAUAUAAUCGCCACCGAGAGCGAUUCGCAGGAACAAUUCUAAACAUGAGCAAAUCGCGAUAUAUGGCGAGCUUUUCGGCGGUUACCUGCCGUCGGAGAAAGAGGCACAACUCGGAUGGGAUGCGCUGUUUCGCAGUAGGACAACGGCUGCUUCUCGGCAAGCAUCUUGCAACGCGAAAAUCGCGUCUCGUGCUGUACAAGAAGGAGUGUACUACGCGAGUGAUGUCAAAUUGUUGAUAUGGUAGAACAGCGAAGGUGUUCGUCAUAGCCAAUUUAGGAGCGUUCUUGGUGCUGUCAGUCCAAAUCAUUCGAUCAUCUGGGGGCCGCGCAUCCUACACGCGGUGCACUUGGGACGCCAAGUGUAUAAAUCCCCACUCCACUAAUCCACCAAUCCAGUAAUCCAAAUUUUCACUUCUUUAAUCUAUUAAUCCAUGAGUAAAAAAAAAAAAAAAAAAAGGGGUAUGACAAAAGGCCACAUGCAAAAAGGUCACUCAAAAAGCCAAAGUUCUAAUCUUGAACCUAUCACUUUCACCUAUGUCAUUCAAUCCAGACGCCUAACCUAGUCACAGACAAUCAAUUCGACACUAAGUCCCAAUCCAUAACAACAUGUCGGGCGAAGCGUCGAGUGAGAAUGUAACCAUUCUUGACGCUCGUGCCAAAUUCAUCCAACUACAACGCAAGCGAGACAACAAAAUCAAAUACGCAGCAAGAGUAAAACUCCACGAAUCAGGUGAAGAUCCUUUUCGGGUAAUCAGCGGAAUCAUACAAUUCCAACAGUCCUGCACAGUCCAACAAAUCCUCGAAGCCACCUUCCACGACAUCAACACGCAGUGCGUCUCUGAUAAAUUCCCCAUCAAAAUAAACAUGUCCGAUUCGUCAACUUUUGAAUUGAUGGAAAACCAGACUAAUUUCAUCGACAACGAAUUUCUGGCGACAAUCAGAAUCGACGGAAAUAUCAACAAGUUUCCACUCGAACAAUUUUGCAAUGAAGGGCCGCCCUUAAAAAAGCGGAACAUACAACGUGCAAGCGCAUACGAGUCCGAACCAUCAAUAACAGUCACAGCUCUUCAUCAUCUAACCACUUUUCCAUCGUUUUUGCUAUACACAGUAGUCCUCGAGCAACAUCAACCUCCAAACUUCAGGAAGUUCUCAGGCGUCAUCGAUCUGGGAGCCCAUUUUGUCUCGCGGUCAUAUCUGGGUGAACUCAUUCUGCUAGACAUCAAUCUGUCACAUCAUCGCACUAUCUCACGGUUCUCACAAGUAAAAUUCAACAUACAUAGCGUGUGCAGCAACGUUAGCGGGGAGCUUAUUAACGAAGAAGCACAUCUUGUGCCGCAGCUUUUCCAAGACCGCAUCAGCAUCAUGGACAAUCCCGUCUAUUUUCGAGUUUGCGCAAUUGAAGCGCUCAACGAGAUGGGAACCGAGUUUGUCUGUCUCGGAUACCGCUACCCUAAAUCUGAAAAUAUCGGGUUACUGCGUGUCACCGUCAAGACACCCGAAGGAAUUCCGUCGGACAAUGAAAUCCUCAAGCUGUGCGGCAACUGGGUACGAGAUACAAAAAAAUGGUCGAGCGCAGUAUUCGACACAUCAUACAAGUCUUCAACAAUCACUGAUCUAGUAGAGAAGUUCAAGUCACAACUUAAGCGGGCUAACAUCAAAGAGUUCAACGUCUCCACGUACAUCAGCGAACUGCGCACCAUGAUGGCAAAUUCGUCUCCUUUUCUUGCCGCUAAACGCAGCAGUCAAAGUGAAAUCGACAAAGUCCUUUUCGACAAGAGCGGACCAGUUCUCGAGAAAAUCUGCGAUGAGUGUCGCAUUCUUAUGGACCCCAACAGCAGGUCGCGCGCCCGCACAUGCCAGGCCAGCACUUGUCACAACCAAGUUGUUUUUUCCGGCUUCGCAAUCGACGAGAUUCAGGUAAACUAAUCAGUAAUCAAUGACUAGAGCAUGCUGGUUUCUAGUAAUCGAAAAUGUUUUCACAAUGUCAAUCAACUUUUGACAUAGAUCACAAUCACAGAAAAAUCUGGUAAUAUUCCAACAACAAUUCCACCCAUACACAAAGGCCAUCAAAGGGCACGCUGAAGCCAAAGCUUCGCAAUGGAACAACGCAAUACAUGGCGGCUUCUGCGCUGCGAAGAUGAGAGUUUUUGGCAGUUUCAACAACGUGCUCGACUCUUUCACUAUGGAAAGCAACUAUGCAAAACUGAUCAGCGCGCACUUGUUCUCGUCCGUGUUGAUCUUUAUCUCGGCUUUCCCUCACUACGGUGCAGCUAUCUCAACCCUCUAUGCGUACUGCAGUUGGUCUGAAGUGCAAGCCUUGGGGCGCACGUUAUCGGUGUUAGCGGCAACUUAUCCCGACAUGGAAACAAACGCCACAGUCAAGGUAAAAAAAAAAAAAAAAUAUAUAUAUAUAUACAUCAAUCCAAAUCUCAUUUUAAGUCGCUAACAGACAGCCAACAUGUCCCAAACAUAACGUCUUAAGGUGAUUUUGGCCCUCGCAUACGCCAUAAAGCCCGGUCACGAAUUCAACAAGUCCUUUGUAAGGUGGAUCAGUUCUAAUGCAACCUUGCCGCCUCCUUUAUUUGCGGAAGAUGCGUGGUCAGCCGCAGGAAUCGAAUGCAUUCGCAAGUCACUUCGUGACUGGACCUCCCGCGUAAUGGAACGUGGUAUCGAGUCCGAUCUUCGUCUAGUGCUUGCUGAAUUCAUCGGAGAACUUCGCCAACAGGGCGCCAAUUUAACUUUGGAAUCAGGCAACAGCCACACAGAUUGUUUUUCAGUUGACAACGACAUCCACGAGUCAAACAACUAAAUAUCAUCCGUCGGACUUUCUCAUCUGUCCAGCACACAUCUACUACUUGUGUACAUUCAAGAGAACUGAACAAGCGUGCACCGAUUCACCGACGAAUGAUGCUAAGUGCUGUAUUGAUGGUGCGUUUUUUAGAAAAUUCAGUUUUAGCGCGUAUCUUCCAAAUCAAACAUGUCGACAGAAAGUUUGACAUUUAUGCAACUCUUAUGAUGGUCACAACAAAUCACGAAUUCAUGCAUGGUUAGUGCUAGCACAUCAUCAAGAAGACUACACAUAUUGACAAGACGUUCAAGACAUCUGCUGCACCAAGUUUUUCAUCGCAAAUAAAUCAACGUCCGGCAACAUGUCCCAUUUCAAUACAUGAAUCAGUCACAUCCGGUUAGCUACCCUUGAUAACAAGGGAAAUCUUUUAAUACGAAGUCAUAACAUAUAUUCAAAACAGUGGCCGUUCACAUCUUCAUCCUUUCACUGAAACUUGGCAGGGCUUGGUAAAAAAAUUUUCCUUUCAUUUGACAUAGUUUUUUUCUAGAAGUGUAUCUUGUUUUUCACUCGCGAUGUCAACACUCGAAGAAGUCAACAAGUUGUUAGAAAACAGUCCAUCCACCGUGGACUCGUCCGAUCAAUCUGGACAAUGGGACGAUUACACCGAGGACGAGUGGAAUAAUUGGUUAAACUCCUUGGAUGAUUCAGCCCUUGAGAAUACCGAUAGCAUUCCAAAUCAAAACGGCGAACAAAUCAACAAAUUUUCGGUGAACAGCAGUGAGUUACACAGGCGAAUUCAAAAAUAUCGUGAAUAUUGCAAACAAAAUCAAAUCAUGGCUAACGGCGAAGAAGACGGUCAACAAGGACUGGGGCAGCUGAACCCAGUCGAAGUUUUCACCUGCAUGGCCUGCGAUCAAGUUACGCCUAUCCUCAACAUCUACGCAGCGUGCAAAAACAUCAAAGAAAGCGGAACAAGAUGUGUCAAGUGCGUGUGCAACAACUGCAAACGCAAUCAGGGUUCAAUGGUCCACGACCUGUUCUAUCUGGUGAACGUCGACGACCCGGACAAAACGGUCUGCAUGAGCUGCAAUAAUCAGAAGUCACUCACUCGAAUGAAGGAAGUCAAGAAAGCGUUUGCGGUACUGCAAUGCUUGCAAGGUUUAACGAUUAGUAAGUUUGUACAAGUCAAGUCUCUACUACUCCUUUAAUCCACAUUUCAUCAAUAAGUCAGCGCAUUAUGCAAUUGACACAUUUUUAUCAGAACUCGGCGGGCGACGUCUCCAUGGGUCCAGAAAUUGUCGGUGCAUAUCCUUGGUUUGCCGAUUAUGUAUCGAUGACCGAUAAGGAGUUGGAAGACGCGUAUGCAAUCUUAAAACGCCCUCCUAUGAGCAAUCAGUCCUCGACCAAGCUUAACCCCAACGAGGUGAUGACGUUGAGCGCAACUUUCGCAUCCGACAGCAAAGCCCUGCAGAAGGCGGCUGAUCAGCUCAAACUCAAGGGCAGCGAACACAUGAAGUGGAGCAAGCUUCUUCUUUCGGUGAAUGGGGGCAGUCUCCUCCAUUGCAGCAAUCACUUGCAACGACUAAUCAACAUGUUCGCAGGGCAGCCGGUCGCUAUUCUUGCUGAAUGCGCACAUUUCCUCGUCAAAUAUCAUCUGGAUAUGUCCACGCUUAUGGCGUCAUCUUCGAAGAAAGGGAGACAACAAAUGGGCAGCAACGAAGUAACCCCAUCCAGCAUCGCGUACACCAUCUACUUCGCACUCAAGUCGUGGGGAAAAGGGAUUAAGCUGCGCAACAGAAUCGAUCCAGUCCGCAAGGGCUUCUACAAUCUCGAAUUUCUCCCGCAAGUGGCGAAUGCUUCAACUCGGAACAUGCAAUCGAGAGGAGUGAUGAAAGUAUUUCUCAAAUUUAGGCAGUCAAAAAAAAAAAAAAAAAUUUUUUUUGUAAUGUAUAGCUGAAAUUCCUUUCCACUAACAGAACCUUGUAGUCCGCAUAUUUCCCUUCACAGGCUUUGAUGGCCGAAAUUUCUGUGGGGGAAAUCAACCAUGCACGUCAAGCCGUGGAAAAACGCCGUCCGCCGCCCACUGAUUUCGGGUCCAUCGGCACGCCAGCGAAAUUUCCGAAAUUUGGUCAUCAAUUUAACGCAAACAACAGUGGUGGUGGAGGAGGAGCUAGUAACUCCUCGGGAAACAACAAAUCAGGCAGCAACUAUGGUACAAAAUCCAAUGACGAGCGUAUCGCGGAUAUUCUACGCGCUGCAGCAGCCAACGACGCUGCAGCAGCAGCGGCAUUCCAAUCCGCCGUGAAAAUUGAAUCUAGUGCUGCGUGCAACUUUUUCUCCACCAACAAACUCUGUCGUAAUUGCUUCGUGUUGGGAUUUGGUUUGUCCAUGAGUCAUGCCUUUGGUUUUGAUCACUGCGAAGCAGCAGGGAAUAGUUGCGCGAUUUCUUGCAAGAUUUGCUAUGCGAAAUUCGGUAUCACCGCAUACCAUUGGGUGUCCGGUUGCCCACAUCGUGAUGACCCGAACACUUCUCCACAGAAGGAUCAUCAGUCGAAGGGAAACGGCAAAGGAAAGAAGGGCUUCAAAGGCAAACGUUUAUCCUGAUUGUGUCAGUCACAAGAUGGAAUCAUGUAUAACAAGGAACUUCGUGACAUUUGAAGUGUGGCACAUUGUGAGCGUUUUAUCUGAAACCCGCGACCCAAAUUUAGUACCAUUUAUUAAUAGAAGAUAAUUUUUUGAAGUAUGAUACGAUCGAAUAAAUCUUCUUAAUCUCCCCCAUCGGCACUUUGGCUGCCCAAAAAAUUGUUUGUAACCCAAAUGGAAAUGGACAACCCAAGCUGAACACGUCACCAAUCCAAUCACCCUCAAUAAUGUUGAAAUGGCACGACUUCGGUAUCAUUGUUUUUGCCACAUUGUAAUCGACAUUUCAUCAAGCAUGGAACUGCGGCCGGGAGGCGAUCCAAAGUUGUUACUGUGCUCUCCUGUUUGUCCGAGUUCGAGUAGAGAGUGUUGUGUACUUCACUUGAGCGACUGGCACAUCCGCAAAAUUGGGGAUAUAACAUGGCAUGACUUCGCAGUUGAAUAAACUGCGUUUCAAGCCAAAUAGCUGGCAGCUCAUAUCGAGGCUUUAUUGAGCAUGUCACUUAAUUUCAAAAAAAUCAUGCGUGAAUCGGGGCUCACUGACGUCGCCAGAGCGUCAAGCCCUUACUUACGAACAAUUGACAUCAACAAUCAACGUCAAUCCGCGCCGUCUCGGUCGCAUGAGGCGAAUGCGAAAUGGCUCACAGCAGAUGAUGGCCCUUCGAAGUCAACCUGCCAUCUCGACUGUGCUGCUGAUGAUGUCCUUCUCGAUGCCGAAAGACCACCAGCAAAGGGCAGUCAAAUGCUUCCAUGUGUCGCGUCCUCAUCUUCAAACAACCUUUUAGAAGAUUUUCCUCAAAAAACAGUGUCAGCUGACCUCCCGACAACCAGUACAACUGGAGCGAGUUCUCCCGAGUUCCUGACAGCAAACGAAGCCGAAACAGAUGGGGUCGUCAUGUCUGACGCAGAUUUCCGCACCGAGCUAGCAACGAUCAAAGAGUCAGUCAAGGAAUUAACAGAUUGGCAUACUUCACUGACGUUACCUCAUGGUGGAACCUCCGGUGGAAAGAAGUAUGCUGAAUUUUUCUAUGGCGCUUGCAGCAGUCGCAUUGGCCUGCAAAUUUUCAAAAAGGACGAUAGCAUCUUCGAUAAAUUCCCACUGCAGUCGCGUCUCAAGGAAAUACUAGUCGACUCUGCGUUUGACGAUGUCCAAGCUUCGUUAGCUUCUUCAUCCACCGGCGUAUACCAGUCGUGUCUCAACACCAUCGUGCCACUGGUGUGUGCUGUUGUUCGGUUUGUACUGUGGCCGAUAACUUGUGACGAUGAAGCACUUCUCUUCUUCACCAUUUUCACUAGGUCACGUCUUUGUUCCGGAGCGUGCUCCAAGGUUGACGAGAACGAUCGCACGAAGCGUGCCGUUCGAUGGAACGCCUAUCAGCAGCUAUCAGCGGCUAUUGGGGCUUUCAACACCUCCAGAAAUGUACCGUACUCACUCAGCGACAAGGGACCGCGUUUGAAACGUCACUGGUUGGGUUUCAAGAAGAACGCUUAUCACAACCCUCAGUGCAUGAAGUUCUCUCCAAAAUUCGAAAUCAUUUACAACUUCGCAACAAACGCGCUUACGGCUUGGCAAAAGUCCAUCGGCCCAGUCAUCGCGGACAAGCUGGGGCCGGGUCUUCCAUCGCCGGCCCUAGUAGACAAAAACUUCCUCAGUGCAUCGAUCCAGCUUCAACGAGCCGUCAUCUUAGUCAUUGGGUUUUUCGGGGUACGAAGAAGCGACGAGUUGCGUCGUCUGAAAGCAAGCAACAUUUUCUCUUCUAGUGGGAGCACCAUCUACAUCUAUGUGGAAAGUGCAAAAGACGACAAGUUUGGCGCAGGGCACAAAGCCGCCAUUCCGUAUAUGUUCCACGAUUUAUUGCGAGCAUGGGUUAAGUUCUCCGAUAACUUCUACCGUUUUUAUUUGAAGAUCCAUUGGUCCUCAGCUGCUGCUCCUUUCUUCUACGCCAUUGGCCUCAAUAAAAUUCCAUCUCGUGGUCUCGCACCCGGAAAGGAUUUCAUCAGGCAACAAGUAUCUGCCGCUAUUGGAUCUUUUAAACCUGACGGCACCAUCGGAGGUAUUUCUCUGCGCAAGGCGGGUGCUCAAUUUUGCACUUUUUGGGACGUGUCGAGAGAAUUGGCUUUCUUCCAGGGCGGAUGGAGGAAUUCGUGCAUGCUGGGCGCAGUUUAUGCUCCGCCAGACAUUUACGAUGUUGCCCAGCGGGUCAACCAUGCAGCUGAUCUGGCAUUACAUAGGCUAAAAUCCAUGUUAUUAAUCAGAAAGAUUGAGGAAUCCUUUUUGAAGUCGUCUCCAGCUGAACGUGCUAAAUUGUCGUCAUGGGUUUCCAGCGUGUCUUUGUCCCACAUUUCGUCAGUUGACUUGCGCCACUGUGCGCCCAAAUUAUGUUCCGAAAUCAUCUCCGGCAAAGCCGACUCUGAUACUUUCCGCCGCUUCAAGAAUAUCUUGGUGGCGAAUAACGCGUAAACAUGGGAACCCACUCUGACGCAUCCUCCAUUGAGGCACGUCUCGGCCUCUGGCCAAAGUCCGCUUUUACCGUGGGUGAUUACACCUGUCGCAAUUUGCCACUUUCGCAUGACGAAAUCCUGGGAUUUUUGCAAUCGCAACCGGGUCCAAGCGAUUGCUGGCGGGAUUAUGAGGAUUGCAAAGCCGUCGAUGGACUGUCACUCAAUGUCGACGAGUGCAUCCGGUGGGGCGUAUCACCUGAUUUCAUUGAGCGAUGGUUUGGUGGGAUUAAGUUGAAAAUUAUCAACGACGAUUUCGCCACUUCGCAGACUGAAAAUUAUUCAUCAACAGUCCAGCGCGAAGAUAUUUUUGUAAAUGAAAUCCAGCGUCUCGCUGAUUUAAAGAAAGUACUCAUCUACGACGCGAGCAAGCUCAAUCGUGAGCACAGUUCUGCGAGUCCUCCCGACGAUCUCAUGAUUGCCCCUGCUUCCAUCCUACUGCAGAAGCAGGGCACCAAAGUUCGUCUCAUCAGUGACUGGAGCGCGCGGCCCUGCGCUCUUAAUCAGUCUCUGUUCGCUACUCCAGUGGAUUACGCUUCGUGGUGGGAUUUGUUUGAGUAUCUAAGGCCUUUCGCCUUCGUUUCCGGUCUCGAUCUGAAGGACUGUUUUCCUCACUGGCUCAUACACCCUUCUCAUCGCCGGUUUUUCGGUCUCGAUUUGCCGUCCCUCGGGCUCAAAGCGACGCGCCUUUUCCUCCCGUUUGGUGUUGUUCCAGCGCCGGGCGAGAACAACGAGAACGCCAAAGAGCUUAUUCGUGUCUGCCAAUCUGCUGGGGUGAAAUCUGUUUUGUUCGACUACGUCGAUGACAUUCGUGCAGUGCUGCCUGGUGCAGCGUGUUUGUCUCAGGACGAGACUAACCGUGACCUUGAACGGCAGUUCUUCUUGCUCACCGCCCUGGGAUGCAAGCUCCAUGACAAGCCAGGAAAGCGCAUCGAAGCCUCCCAACGCUUUCCCUGGCUUGGUUUCCAGUGCGACACUCGCGCAAUGACAAUGAAAAUCGAAGAAAGCCGUCGCCUCGACUACAUCAAAUUCAUUGACAACUUCCUUGCCGAAUUCGAAAUCUCAGGCAAGUGCCGAAUCAAAGAUCUUGCUUCGGUCAAAGGCAAGCGUGGGUCUUGCACGUUCGUCGUGAACCGCGGCCCGCUUUCUGCGAUGCAGAGCGAAGUCCAGGCCUCUGGCGCACCCAAGCAAUGGCUCCGCAAUAACAAACUCAAUCCAGCCGUCCAGCUCUCGGCUGAAGCACUAGCUGAGAUCGCCUGGUGGCGCCGAACGUUAGCCAGCGACCCAGCCGCGCCGUUAUUUUUCAACGGACACAGAUGUUUCAUGUGGCGUGAGGAAGUCCUCACUUUCGGCGAUCAAUUCUUGCGGACCAUUGACCCAUCCUCUCUUCUCGUCAUCCACGGUGACGCAGCCACUUCUGCCGGCACAGGCUGGGGUGGCACUAUCAACGGCAUGCGAUUCCAAGGAUUUUUCAACACCGAGUGGCAAUCUUCGUCCAUCAAUGCCAAAGAAGCAAUAACGCCGAUCCUUCUUCUACGGGCUUUUGUCGAGGCCGGUAACUCGGUCAGAAAUAAGAUCAUCAUGUACUACACGGACAACCCAGCCGCAAAGAAGGCUUGUAAUAAAGGUGCCUUCUCAUCCGAAGACAUGGCACGAGCCUCGUUCGAGAUUCGGUCCUUCGUUCUCUCGCAAUGCUGCGAACUUGUUGCUGGCAAAAUCUUUGGUGUCGAAAACCCAAUUGCCGACGCGUUGUCACGUUUUGAAGAGUCCGCCAAUGCGAUGAGCGACUCUUUUCCAAAUCGGUCUCUCUCGCCCAGAUGCUGGAGUCUAGUAGCAAAAGCUUUCCCUGGGCUUGACACUGUGGCGAUGUCCAGUGACUCCGUCCAGGAGUUCCCGCAGUUGGCGCAUCAUUUUUCAAUCAGCAACAUGCCUUUUCACAACGUACAUCAUCUUCUACAUCACAAAACAUGGUGGCUCCCCCCAACAACUUUAAUCUACGCCACCCUCAAGAUCUUAGACAAAUUCGUGACGAACGUCCCGGUUUCUCAACGCCCUCGUUUUGUCGUGAUGGUUCCUUCUCUCGGUGGGCAGUUCCUUCCGAUGUGCAGUCUCUUAUUUCGCGCGUCAACUUUUAGGCAGAAUUCACUCAUCUUCCGCGCUCCGGGUGGUUGUAACGAUAUCCCCGCUGACACCGAAUAUGUGGCUUUCUCUUCCGUUCCCCGAGAACUAUGGUCUGAUGCUUUCAGCCCGUCGCUGGAACUACUGCCGCAAAUGGAGUUGUUGCUUCGGAGCGCGCGUUUCAAAAUCGCUGCACACCUUAGGGACCGUGUCACUAUUGCAGAUAUUGCAGCGGCUCCUGAGGAAGCCAUUAUCCACGUUUGUUGCUGCACUGCUAAGCAACCUAAGGGAGUCGCUAAGUCGAUUCUUCGUGCCCAUCCUUACGCGUCAAGUUACCAUCUUCCUCCAAGCGCCAAACCACAUGGACACUUCGAGCACAUUGGUAAAAUAAUCAACAUCUACUCGAUGCACUUCCCCGGGCCGCCACGGCUAGCGGCGCCUGGUGAUGUACCUGAUUGCGCCGCAACCAGGCUGCAGCACUUUCGUAAUGCCAUGGACAUGCUGCCUUUGCACCUCGCACGUUCCACGAUCUCGUCUGUGGCCGUGCCGUUGGACAUCGGCGCAGGGAUGUGCGGCGGAAGAAUAGUAGACUACGCUGUGGUGUUGGAUAAAUUUGUAGUCGCUUGUUGCAAGCUGGGCGUGCGCGUCGCUCUUUACCAGAUUCCUCAUUCACGUUAAUUGUCACUAUUUUGCCUAUUUUGGCUACAUCUCACUCACAUUCUCCCAUUCCACAUGUUCGUACGAUGACACAACGCUGUGUGGGCUAGACUGAAUGUCUGACUGCACUAGCAAAAUAACACUCCUAAAGUACCAAUGUCAGCACCUUCAUUAUGCUCAUCAAUUGUUGAUAUGGUAGAACAGCGAAGGUGUUCGUCAUAGCCAAUUUAGGAGCGUUCUUGGUGCUGUCAGUCCAAGUCAUUCUAUCAUCUGGGGGCCGCGCAUCCUACACGCGGUGCACUUGGGACGCCAAGUGUAUAAAUCCACAUUCCACUAAUCCACCAAUCCAGUAAUCCAAAUUUUCAUUUCUUUCCCUCCCUCCUCUUCCCCUGUCCUGCAUUCACCCUAGCUCACCAGUGUUGUGCUUGUCUGGCUACAUCUCACUCACAUUCUCCCAUUCCACAUGUUCGUACGAUGACACAGCGCUGUGUGGGCUAGACUGAGUGUCUGACUGCACUAGCAAAAUAACACUCCUAAAAUACCAAUGUCAGCACCUUCAUUAUGCUCAUCAAUUCAUCGUUUUCGACAUUGUGGAAUUUUGGGAUAAUUAUGGGAAGGUGGAAUUUUGGGAUAGUUACGGAAGUAAAUAGCGAGCAAGUAGAAGCGCCGCAUCCUUAUCAGCAACGUCAACAUUUUCAACGCAGCAGUCUUAACAUCAGGGAAAUCCGUAAAACUCAGAAGAGAUUCAGGGAAGUCGUGGGGCAAUUCCGAACCGACUAACAUCAUCAUCAUGCGAAGGUGGGGCAAAAAGAUGGAGAGCGGACUACGACGUUUCGUUUUUGGGAUUACGACUCGGUUAAAGAUUAUGGACUGAAAUUUGGAUUCUGUUUGUAGUCCCAUGCAAGUUAAUACUUCUGGGACCGGGGUGGAAUGCACUACAUGGGGGCGAGAGUUUUUAGGACUUUUUUACGUGUGAAGUUCACAAUAGAACUGCAACUGCUGAUUCUCCGGAUUGUUUACCUCGGUUUCUAAGAGGGCAUGGGCUCGGCCGCGGGCUUUCUCGUGAGCGACGUACUGCUGCGGACGCCUAAGUACGCAGACGCGGCAAAUUACGAUGUCAAUACCUUGCAGAGUCAACUGGCGCUGAAACUGAAUCCGAAUAUUAAGGCGAGAAACAAGCGCCGCGUGAUUUUUGCGGCAAUGAUUUAAACCAGCAAGAGGUACUACUUGCAAUUAUAGCAUUGAAGAUCUUGUUUUGAAUUUCCUCGGUAGAGUCAGCAAUUAUGGGACAUUUGUAUCUAAGCAGCAUGCGGCGCUGAAACUUCUGGACAACCUUGCGGAAGGCGUGGUGAUCCGGCCGGCAGGGGGCGCCGAAGUGACGAUAUUAUGGAAAGUUACUAAUUGUUUCAUAGCUAGUUCACUCUAGUAGGGUAACCCGGCAGUAACUCCAUUUGUUUUCUGUCCAAAUCCCACCUAACAUAAGCUUGGAUUCAGAAUAUGGUACUGCAAAGCCUGUUGUUCAUAUUCCUACUUGAUCGUCCCAAGUUCAUUGUAUCCUGUGGACCCGAACGGCCUAUUUUAAUUUGAUUGUGCCAAGUUCAUUGUAUCCUGCCGAUCCAAACGGCCUAUUUUCAUUUGAUUGUCCCAAGUUCAUUGUUUCCUGCCGAUCCAAUCGGCAUGAAGGAGCUGCCGGUAGCGCGGUUCAUGCUGAAACGGAAACCAGCACGCUUUUCAGAGGAGAUCGACAAUGUGGAGACGAUGCAUGGAGGUGAAACUCCGGAAGCAGUGUUUCGCACUCGGGUCGCGCGUCUAGUCAAUCUUAAUCGUCUCGCAUCAGUUGUGUCUAAGGCGCCGCAGCCGGAGGGAGUUUAUGCAAGAGUUUUUACUUACUUACUUACUUACGCGCUGUAGUACUAGAAUGUUGAAUUUCAAGUUCAACUGGAGUUUCUGAGGACACUGUCCUACAGAAUUUUACGCAUGGAGCAUAUUUGGCUUUUGAUGUCUUCGUGGUACACUCUUUCCUUGCCGCUACGGACGCAGGGGUCUUUCGUCACUUACGCGCUGUAGUAGAGUGUUGAAUUUCAAAUGGAGUUUCUUAGGGCAACUUCUAAUCAAGAGUUUUGACUUACUUACGCGCUGUAUUAGAAUGUUGAAUUCUUCGAAUCAAACCACGCUACAGCAGAGGAAUGGUCCUUCUGGACUGAGCAGAUUGUUUCUGAUUUUGCCGAGGACGUGUGGGAAGCUUUCUGGGCGUCGGGCUGCGAUCUUGGGAGUGUGGAUUUUACGGAAACACGACGUAGGAGGAGCAGGUCUUGAUACCUUCUUCUCUUACUCAAUUUGAUAUCUUAGAUUUUCCUGAGACUGUGUGUCUGUUGGUUGGACUUGAUACGAGUGAAGCACGUAAAUGUCUCGAUGUGCUUGCAAUAUUUCGCUUUCAUGCACAACGACAUGGGUAACGAGUACGUGGAAAACGAGUGCCGCUGCGUUGUCGGUAAACGCUACGGUGUCGUGUCCUGAAUCGCUUUGAGCAUACCAACAUUGUUCGGUAAAGGCUGGGGCAAUAUUGUCCAGUGUAGCGAUGCUCAUUUCAGCGCCUAGGAGGUGGAGGGAAAUUCUCAGAAAAUGGAAGCUCCGCUAGGAUUAGAGAAGCAACGUGGCACACACCUAGCCCAGCCUGAUUAUACCGUAUUCGCUUCGGAAAUAAUGGGGUGCCCACACGGCGCAUGUUGAGGACCGACGCCUCCGAUGGCAAUCACAAGAUUCUGAUGUAGCAACUAACCUGCAACAUGGUCGAUUAUUGGCUGGAGGAGGGUUUCUUUUUGAAAAAAUUGAAAUUUCCAUGGUUCUCUUCGAACAUUGCUGGAACUUCCGAAGAUUCUCAUUCAUGACGGAGACUUUAUUCUUCACGUCACGACGCUCAACAGGAUGUCAGCGUGCAAAAAACAUUUCUUCG